UCCGUCAGUAUCCAGUAUUAAUACAGGUGAAUCUUACAUUUAAUUAUGAGAGAUUACAAUGAGGUUUAGUAAUUAACAAGCUAAAUGCCAGCUUGAAUAUAAUAUGUGGAUCACGUUUUAAUCAGUGUUGCAACUGUUCAUACAAUCGAAACUACAAGAGACUCUCCAUGAAUUUAUUGGCUAGAGUUUCGAAUAUGUACUCGACUAGUUCAGAAUUUGUUGUAAAUUAAUUGAGGAAAAUCUAGGAAAAAUAUUAACUCGAAAAAAUGUCGGAUGGAAAACUUGGAAGGAAAUCGAGAUCUACAACCUCACAAAACCAAGAAACAACACCAAGACCGAAAUCUUCUCUCUCCAAUCCAGGUUCAAAACAAUCCAUCGCUAGAGAAAAACGUGAAAAAUCGAAAGAGAAAAGGAAGAGGAGAAGGAAAGAAGUAGAAAUCCAAAGAAUACCAGGCGUCAGGCGUAUCGCUCUAUCAGAACUCAGUCAGAAAAUUGUAAACUGCGUGGUGGGCGAGCAUGUUACUUCCGAAAAACCCUGGACGUUCGUCAAGAAAGAACUGAUCGAAGACAACUUGGAGCUCCACGAAGAGAGUUCUGAGUUUUUACCGCUCAGAAACGAAAUAAUGGCUUAUCCCCGAAAAGAGAUGCUGAUUGGUUUCAUCACCGAGGAAGCUGGGGAAAUCGAUGAGUUCUAUAUAUGCGUCACAGAAGCCUCAGCAGACGUGGUUCAAACGCUCAUACACGAGCAACAGGUGAAACAAGAGGCCAGACUCCAGAACGCCGUCAAUAAGUUGAUAAAACCAUGGUUGACCCUAGGUUCAGAAGUCGAAAUAGACGAAACAAUUCCCAAAAAUAGUAGGGCUUUGUUAGAGGUGGAAAUUGAAAGCAAGUACCCUAUUUUACCCUUCAAAAUUCAGUUUCGUUUGAGAACUGUCGAAAAGACUAGAGAUGGGUAUAUGGAGCUCAUAACGAAAGACGAGACUAUUAGUCACAUCUUCCGAAAGAAAAUCGAUAAUUGUACCCAAGUAACACCCGCGUUUCGAGAAAACGAAGCCCAAACCAUCUGUACGUAUCCCUCGAAUGCUUCAACCCAAUACGAGUAUUGCAUAGACAUGGACGAGAACGUUUGGAAGAGUUACGGCGCCCAAAUUUUGAACUACCUCCAGAACAACGUGGAUGAUCUCAUGAAUUCACUUUACGUUAACAGGAAUAUCAACUUGUACCUGGAUGAUUACCAACUGUUGGCGACCAAUACUAUUACCAAGAGAUCGCUUCUUUACUUGAAUUUCAUAGAGUACAUGGCGUUCAAUGAUGUGCAAUUGUGCAAAGGUAAAAUGAUUUCCUGUGCCGAUUGGCAUCAUAUGACUACCGGCAUAGUGGCUAUAUCUUAUGCAGAUUUAUCCUUGAAUAUAUUCCUCAAGAAGCCCUCUACUAUAGACGAGGUGGCGCAGGCGAUUCAUGGUUCGAAUCCAGUACUCAUAUGGAGUUUUGUAGAUCCUCUCAAUCCCAGAUUGAUAUUGGAGACUCAUAGAGAAAUUACCACCAUAUCAUUCUGCCUCUUCAACGAGAACAUAGUGGUCGGUGGAGCGCUGAAUGGUCAGAUUGUUCUGUGGGACAUAACCAACCGUAUACAGAAGGUGGAAGAACAAGAGAUUUUGACCAAUGCUCAAUCCAAGUAUAGAAGCUACAUGAAAUCUCUCAUGACGUGGAUGAAGGACAUUCACGAUGUUAAGGUCGUGAGAGUCACAGCAGUCUCUGACCUGAGACACUCCCACGCUGGUGCUGUGGUGUGUAUUCAAUGGAUUUCACCAUUCGAAGAAGUCAGUAGAAUGGGAAAAGCUGUUCAGUUCUUUGAAGAAACGGAGGAUAGAUCCUUACAGUUCAUGACAGCUGGAGAAGAUGGAGCUGUUAUGAUUUGGGAUCUUCUGAAGAAACCCACUAUAGGAACUGGGGGCUUCAGAGAGCGCAGACUUAAAAGAUUGAAACAAAGACCGGCAGGCUUGAGCAGUGAUGUAUCACCAUUCAGAGCCUUGCAUCUCAACCUGAAACCCGUUUAUAAGAUAAACUUAGUGCAUCCUAACGAUUCACGUCUACUAUCGAUAUCAAUGUUGAGUUACCAGAAUUGCCAGAUCGAGUACGAAAAGAACGACCCGUUAUCGAGUCCUAGCAGACAGAGCGUAUCUUCGAGGCAGACGUACCAACCACGCCCGGUUUUUCCCAAUAGACCCUUCGUUCCCUCCUUUCUGGCUGGUACAAUGGAAGGAGAUUUUGUGGAAGCCCAAUGGGAAGGCAGAGAUUUCGAUCUUGGUGCAGUUGUGAACUCGGAGAACAGCAUGUACAUCCAGUUCAAUAAAUUCCAUGAUGGACCGAUAUUUUCCAUCUCCAAGCAUGUCAGCGGAAAGCUGAAACUGACAGCCGGAGGAAAAAUUUUCGCCAUUUGGUCUGACGAUUUCAGAGAUCGUCCGAUUUUUUGGAGACGUGCAAAGGUUUAUUAUACCCACGCAUCGUGGUAUACGUAUUUCCCUAACAGGUUUCGGCUUUUACGUUCUGACGGCGUUUUUGAGAUUUGGUGUAUAACAACGGCCAGUAAAAAACCAAGCCAUUCGAAUGCAGUGUCUAGCGUUGAAUUGAUUGCAGCCAAUGCUCAUCCGAGAACAUUGAAACAAAGCUGCCUCGGCAUCAGUGAUGCUCUAGGAAAUUUCAGAAUAUUCUAUUUAUUACGAGAAGAUGCUUCUAAGGUGAAGAACGCUAUUUUAGAAGAAAGUAUAGUGGAUUUUUUGGAUCGCGAAGUCAAACGUAAAAUACGAUACCUGGCUUGGCAGAAAGAAUGGUCGAAUAGAUAUGCGAAGAAAGUAGAAGCACCGGUUAUUGUUAAACCUAAAACAUCUGAAGAAAGGUUGAAGGAAGCUCUAGAGUCGGCGGAAGCAGAAGAAGAAGCUAAAAAAGAAGAAAAAAAGGAUAAAGUUAAAAUCGAAGAAGGUGAUGAAAAGAAAAAAGAUAGACCUGCUCCUGGUAGAUAUCUCGAAUGGAUCAGAGAGAAAGAAUUGGCGAAAGAACAAGAGAGAAUCAAGAAAAUGAUACUAAAAAAGAAGAGCUUGGAUACAGAAGCACUAGAAAAACAACGUAGGCCAUUGAUUAAGCUGGAACAAGAAAACGAAUUGAGGCGGAAAAAACAAAGGGCAAGAAUAAAAGGGUCUGAAACAAUUUUUAAAGAAACGGUAGCGAUGCUGUUUCCAGCAAUAGUGAAGGAAAAACCACAACCUCCCCCAGAUCCAUAUGCUGGAGGAGAUCCCCUUGAAGACAAGGAGAAGUGCUAUGCGUAUUAUUCUGAAAUUACAAAGCAAGCAUUCAGGUAUUUGGCAAAUACCAAAGUUGAACUCGAUUUCAACUGGAAGGCACUUCUAAAAGAGGGCAGAGGACGCAGGAAGUAUUUGGAUAACACUUUCUCAAAAGCAACUCACCAUGAACGAUAUGACAAUUAUAAAGCAACUAGAACUGAUAAGAAAGUACCCCAAAUAGUAACCAAACUCCCAGUUGAGGUUGAUGAAACUUCUUCAGCUAAUAUAGAAGAUAUUGCUGAAGAUAUAGAAGAGGAUGUGGAUGAAGAUGAAGAUGCAAACGGGGAUGCUGACAAUCCAACUGAUACCUAAAAUCGUUAAACUUGAGGUAAUAAUUUUGCCACGUAUAAGUUUUUGAAAAGUUUUAUUUAUAUUGUAAUACAUUUAAUAUUUAUUUUCAAUAAAUAUUUUUAUAUUUUUGUAA